AAUUUGUAAACUCGAAAGUGUGAAAAAUAUUAUUUGGAAAUUUUCUCUAGUUUAUGGGAGCUUUUCUUCAUUUUCUACUACCGUGAAAGCUUAUCCUUUGAAGAAUGGCCUUGAGUCGCAAGGAAGUCGAGGAAAUCAAACCAUGGCUCAAGGAUACGGUUAAAAAGCGUCUAGGAUACUCUGAAAAAUCUGUAGUGAACGCCGCGAUACAGUGCUUACAAAAUAACCUCGAUAAGGACUCGGCGUCUAAGGAAUUGACUUCGUUGCUAGACGAUCUAGCGCCCAGAUUUGUGGACGAUCUUUUCACGAAGUUAGAUCGUAUUCGUAGGCCGAAAACUUCGAGUCGGAGCAAUACGAACAGAAAACGGACCCUGGAGGAUGUUUUUGGUGACAGUCGUGACAAUGAUGAAGAGACUAGGGACGAGUCGGAGACACUCAAAAAACGAAAAAAAACUAGAUUUGAAGCAUUAAAAGAUGACAAUGAACCAUUACCUCCGCCCGUGCCUGAACCAGUUGAGAUGCCUGCACCAUUGAACGCCAAUCAGAUUUCAGCCAUGUUGGAAAAGAAGAAGAAAGAAUUAGCAGAAAGAAAAGAACAGUUGGAGAAAAUCCGCCAGCAAACGAUGGUCAUAACCCAGCCUAUGGUUCAGCCCACCACCGAGUUUAUACCCCCCAUGCCACAGCAGGAGGACACGAUGCCUCCCCCGUCACUUGAGGAGCAACAAGCCUUGAUGAACGAAGCUAUCGAGAAAGCGAGGAAGGCUGCACAUUUACAUAACAGAAUUCAGUCCAAGUUUACUUACAUGGGCAACACAAGUGAAAGUAUCAUCAAAUCUGGGGCUGUUGAUCUCUCAGCCAUUAACAGCAAACCAUCGGCGUUGAUUCUUGAUGAUAAAGGCCGAGCUAUUGACUCGAGUGGCAAGGCUGUGAGCAUGAUGAGCAGAAUGCCAACGUUGAAGGCAAACAUUCGAGCCAAGAAACGAGAAGCAUUUCUCAAAGUUGAAAAGCCAACUGAUGAUUUUGCAGACAAGAAUUUCUUUGAUGCUAGGGUUAGCGCAAAGCCAAACACACGAACAAAACGAGCAUUCAAGUUUCACGAGAAAGGAAAAUUUCAACAAAUUGCUCAAAAAAUCCGAGCAAAGGCUCAGUUGGAAAAGCUGCAAGCACAAAUCGCAGCUGCCGCUAAAAAGACUGGCAUUUCCUCUGCAACGAAACUAGCGUUGAUAACACCUAGCAAGGAAGUCCAACUGGACACCAUACCUGAGGUCGAGUGGUGGGACGCUGCUAUCAUGCCUAACAUGAAGUACGAGGCGUACCAAGAGGUCAGCGACCAGGACAAACCAAAUUAUCUUCGAGGAUUGACGUCAUAUAUCGAACACCCGAUACAGCGUCAUCCCCCAGCGGAACCAAAAGAAACUCCGGUUGUGACCAUGAUCUUGACGAAAAAGGAACGCAAGAAGAUGAGAACGCAGAGACGGAGAGAAGUGGAGACGGAAAAACAGGAGAAAAUACGACUGGGGCUUGAGCCCCCACCGCCCCCCAAAGUAAAAAUCUCGAAUCUCAUGAGAGUUCUUGGAAGCGAGGCCGUACAAGAUCCGACAAAAGUCGAGGCGCACGUGCGCGCGCAGAUGGCGCAGCGUCAGAGAGCCCACGAGGCUGCGAACGAGGCAAGAAAGCUGACGCCAGCCGCAAGGCGGGAAAAAACGAAACGAAAACUGAACGAAGAUACGAGUCUUGGUGUCCACGUUAGUUUAUAUCAAGUCAAAGACCUCCAUCACCCGCAGAAACAAUAUAAAGUCGAUGUGAAUGCACGACAGUUGUACAUGACGGGUUGUGUGGUAUUGAUACGCGACAUGAAUCUUGUGGUAGUCGAAGGUGGGCCAAAAGCACAGAAGAAAUUCCGUCGACUGAUGUUGAACAGAAUCAAAUGGUCCGAGGACUCGAAAAAACGCGCGAACUCAGACGACGAAGACGAGAAAACGACGCAAAACUUUUGUCGACUUGUUUGGGAGGGUACGGAGAAGAAGCGACGGUUCAGCGACUUCAAAAUGAAAACGUGCGCGAACGAGUCCGCCGCAAGAGAAUAUCUCAAAACUUAUGGCGUAGAACAUUAUUGGGAUUUGUCAAUCAGCGAGUCGUUACUUGAAGGCGCUGAGGACUAGAAUUGCAGUGAAAUGAAGAAAUAAACAAGUGCUCUAAAUUGUAGGAAUUAUCAGCGUUGUUGUGAAGAAUUUUGACAAGAUUUGGGUUUGGUAUGCGACCGAAGAAUCCCUCAAAACAGAUUAGAAGUUCUCUGAUUUUAAUAACAAGAACACGGUCGCCAUAUUUUCAUAAACGAAUGUGUAAAACUAAAUCUUCUCAGCUCCCGUUUUCCAUAUU